UUCUGGCCGGCGAACCUGGGAUCUGCCGAACUGCCUUAAAACUAUCGGCAGUCAGGCGCUGUGGCUCCGAAGAAGUGAACGCGCCGUGCGCUGCGGGAGCAGCAAGAGGAGAGACGAGCGCGGCGUGUUUCUCUCUCGAUCUCUCUCGAUCUCUGAAGCAGCCACCGCCGCCAAACCCAGCCCGUCGGGGCCUCCUUUGCCCGUGGGCUGCUGCCUCUCCCCGCCUGCCCGAGACUUUCGCUUCUCAGCAGCACAUGGAUCCCCGGGGAUUCCCCGGCACAGGCGGUGCGCGCUGAGCCAAACAGCACCGGAGUUGCCUCCUCUCCGUGCGCGCUUUGGUUUUUUCCUCCCCGGCUGUUUCCCGGGGACAGGUUGUUGCAAAGGCACCGCCGCGUGGGGCUUGGACCUGGCCAUGCUCGGCUCCUGGUGGCUCGUGGGGCUCUUCGUAGCUUACACAUCUGGGAAGAAGCUGUGGGAUGUCCCCACAUCUCACACAGACCAGCUCGGUCCAGGAAAACUGCGGUGGGAGCCACAAUGCCAGCAUCAAUUGCGCCACCUCCAGGAUGGUGCUAGAAUUUCAGCUGUCCUGCCUCCCAGGCUGGAAGGCCACUGGAUUUCAACAGGGUGUGAGGUACGUCCAGGACCUGAAUUUCUCACCCGGUCCUAUAUGUUCUACGCCAACCGCCUCUUCAAAGCCUAUCAGUUCUACUACCGGGACCCUUCCUGCCGGGACCCCUCUUACUCCCUGGUCAUCAAAGGGAAAGUCAGGCUCCGCCAAGCCUCCUGGAUCACCAGGGGAGCCACGGAAGCAGAUUACCACCUCCACAAAGUUGGCAUUGUCUUCCACAGCCAGAGGGCCAUGCGGGAAACAGUGGAGCGCAUCAACCAGACUUCAGGAGAGCACUGUAGCGGGUUCUCGCUGGCUGGGCGGACUUGGGCUCCCGGUGCCCUCUAUGAGCUCCUGAGUGCCAAAGCAGAGCGGGAUUGCACCGCGGGCCUUGGCUUUGCCAUGCACGAACUCAGCCUUGUACGUGUGGAGAAGUACCACCAGCCCUUGUUCCUUCAGCAGAGCCAAGGGAGCAGGGAGGUGGAGGAGCUGUAUCUGGGGGACAUCCACACCGAGUGGUCGGAGAGGCUCCAUUAUCGGCCAACAGGAUACCAGCGCCCCCUGCAGAAUGCGAUGCAUCACAUCCAGCCGUGCCCUGCCUGCGGGAUUAUAUACCGAGCUGACGAACACCACCCGCCAGUAUUACCCCUCAAGCCGGACCUUCCCAUGAUGCUCAGCGGCCGCUGGGUCAGCACUCGCUGUGAGGUCCGCCCGGCCGUACUUUUCCUCACGAGGUACUUCAUCUUCCACGCCAACAACCGCAGCUGGGAAGGCUACUACCACCACUACUCCGACCCUCUUUGCAAGCAGCCGACGUUCACCGUCUACGCUCUUGGCCACUAUACCCAGGGAGCGGCGUCCCUCAUUGUGCGAGGAGGUACCGAGCUCGUCUUCAAGGUGACCAGUGCCCGGGUGACGCCGAUGGAUCCCGUAACUGUGGCGAUGCUGAACUCCUCCAGCUUCGGGAGCUGCGGAGAAGCCGGUGCCUGGAGUGUCGGGCAAGAGCUGGACGUGACUCACACGAAUGGAUGCGCUGCACUGGGGAUACGACUGCCCCACACCGAGUAUGAACUCUUCCGAGUUGAGCAGGAUGCCAAGGACCACAGCUUGCUCUUCAUCGGGGAGAGGCCGACCGAUGGGUCAAGCCCCAACACACCCAGCAAGCGGCCAACGUCCUACCAGGCCCCUCUCGUCCAGUGCGGGGGCCCCUCAGGAGCCCUAGCGAGGCACGUCAAGCCAAGUUUCCUGGGAAGAAUAGGCGAGGACAGUAGCAGUGGGGCACUGAAGACACUGUCUUGGGCAUCCCUGCUAGCAUCUCUAGCUCUGCUUCUGGUCCGGUGGGACUAGAAGCCCAGAUGUUUUGGCCACUGAGCUGCUGCAUGGAAUCCAGACAGCCUUAGCAUUCAGACUUACGUGUAUGCACAACAAAAUGAGCACACUGGGGAACCUGUUUCAUUUUCUACCUUGCCAAUACGCACUCUUAUUUUUUCUUAAUGAUAGGUGAAGCCUGUUGGAUGUGCUUUCCCCUCUCAUACAUGCCUAAGUACGGACACGGGCAUCUGAAUUGAGCUGCUUGGUCUCUGAUGUAGAGGGCCCCCUUCGGCUUCUGAUCAGGUGGCUUAAAUUGUACCCAACGCACCAGAACAGCCUGUUUCAAUGAGUGUAGGAUAGACCUGCACCCCCUUCUCCCCACC